AAGAAGCAGAGCGAGCCGCUAAAGGGAAGUGCUGCAGCGUGCCCCGCUCAGUGGUGCUGUGUUGUUUCAAUUAUUGCUUUUAGCGGUCUGAAAACAGCAAACAGAUCAGUCAUUUUUAAGCUAGCUGCACACCUAACGGCACACAAUGGCCACUGAUUCAGGCUACGGUGGCGCACAAAGCUACGGGUCGUAUGGAGGUCAGCAGGGUGGACAGGGUUAUGGACAGGGAAACAGUGGGAGUGGUGCUUCCUACGGAGGACAGAGCUAUGGUGGCUACGGUCAGCAGGGAGGGCCUCCGGCUUCAGAAGGCUAUGGCCAGUCGCAGCAACAGACCUACGGUAGCUAUGGACAGGACUCGUCGGGGUACGCCGACAAGUCCUCCACUUACGGCCAGCAAGGAGCUGCGCCUUACGGCGGGCAGAGUCAAGCAGCGGGCGCAGCCGGAGGCUACGGGCAGCAGAGCUCCUACGGCGCGCAGGCCGGCGGCUACGGCGGAGGCCAGGGGCAGGGCAGCGGCAGCGGCAGCACCUACGGCCAGCAGAGCUCGUAUGGUGGACAGGCCAGCGGUGGAUAUGAUGCUAGUCAGGGACAACCAGGUGGAGGCAGUAGCUAUGGGAGAUGGAGUGAUGGUGAAAGCGGUGGUCAGGGCGGGAGGUUUGGCCGCGACGGCGGAGACCGCUCCGAAGGAGGUGGCUUCAGAGGCAGAGGCCGCGGCGGCUUCGACCGUGGUGGCUAUGACCGCGGCGGCUAUGACCGGGGUGGUUACGAUCGUGGCGGCAGAGGUGGACCUCCUGGUAUGGGAGGUGGUGACCGUGGUGGCUACAAAAAUUUCGGUGGCUCUCGAGAUUACGGCUCAAGGGACGACUCAGGCGGGGAGACGGAUAACUCUGACAACAACACCAUUUUCGUACAGGGACUCGGCGAAGAUGCGACCGUUCAGGAAGUGGGAGACUUCUUCAAGCAGAUCGGCAUCAUCAAGGUGAACAAGAAGACCGGCCAGCCGAUGAUCAACAUCUACUCUGAUAAGGCCACCGGCCGACCGAAGGGAGAAGCCACCGUGUCCUUCGACGACCCUCCAUCCGCUAAAGCCGCCAUCGACUGGUUUGACGGGAAGGAGUUCAACGGCAAGCCCAUCAAAGUCUCGUUUGCCACUCGCAGAGCUGAGUUUGCGCAGAGAGGAGGGUUCAGGGGAGGGCGAGGAGGAGGCGGAGGAGGUUUCAGAGGUCGUGGAGGCGGCGGCGGUGGUGGAGGACCCAACUUUGACAUUAAGGGAGGAGACUGGCCGUGUCCUAACAGCUCUUGUGGCAACAUGAAUUUUGCGAGGCGGCAAGAGUGCAACAAGUGUGGCGCGCCCAAACCAGACGAUGCUGGGUUUGGAGGAGGAGAUCGCGGCGGCAGAGGAGGCUUUGGCGGUGACCGAGGCGGCGGCUUCAGAGGCCGCGGCGGUUUCCGUGGCGGCGACCGCGGCGGCUUUGGAGGAGGCGAUAGAGGAUUCGGAGGCGGCUACAAGAUGGGAGGACGAGGUGACCGACGAGACGACAGAAGAGAUCGGCCUUACUAGGAGUCUAAAGAAACCAUUCCAGCCCUUGUCUUUGCCAUUGGGGGGGGGGGGGGGGGGUCUAGUGUGACGGGGGGGAGGUGAUAAAUCAUCAUUAGUCUUUCUAGCUUGUUCAUCCUAAGUAUUACUGGUCAUCUGUGAUUGGAGGAUGCAUUGAGCUGACGUGAAGAGGUCUGGGGCUGAUUGAGACUGGCAUGUUGUCACCUUUUUGUUCUGUACAUUUGUUUCCUUUUGACUGUAGUUGCAGAUGGUUUGAGGUAGACUGUCCAUUUUUUUUUCUUUUUUUUGUAUGACUUGAAUAAAAUGUUUUACCUAUGUUCUUUCUGUGACUUUAUUUUUCCCCCGGUAUCCUAUUAAAACUGGCUGUUUCUCACUG